AUGGCUUGCAAGAAAGGACUACAGAAGAAUUUGUAUGAGUCUCCUUUAUUCCCCCACUCAUUCAUUUCCUCCAAACACACAGGCACUUUCAUGUAUGCUGUGGAAGAUGCAGAGACAUGUUUGUUUGAGCAACAAACAUGUCUUUUGGGGCUGGUCAGAGACUCCCUCCCUGCUCUCAGUAAAGAACAUUACAGCUGUGUGCCUCAGCAGCUGUUGGCCAAGAAGCGCUGCACCUUGGGACCAGAUGAACUGCAGAGGAUAGCUACAGACGUGAGAUGGAAGCUGUGGCUCAGGUAACACAAUGUCCUACUAUACCUGUGUAUCAGUCAUGUCUUAUUUAUUCAUGUCAGAUAGCUUGAACUACAAGCAUUUUGAGUCAGCAAAUUUACCCAAAGGGACAAUAAAGUAUAUCCCAUUCUAUUCUAUUAUUGAUACACAUUUUCUGAAUAAUAUUCAAUAGUAUGGACAAGACCCUUUUAUGUAGGUCCUGUAUGAUAUAAUGUGUCUUUUUUAAUAGGUUUGUGACACCAUCCUGGGCCAUACAAAGGAGAGGUUUGCUUUCACCAAACACCUUAUCAGUGCUACACUGCUCCAAGGAGACAGAUUCCAGGAGUAUGACAGCCAGUUCCCUGAAGCAGCGUGCAACACCGCGUUGGAAGCCUAUGCCUUGCUAAACAAGGGCAAGCAAAAAAACGAACUGUCACUCAUCUUCAGCAACAGAGUUCAGGAGUUGCACUGGUGCUGUGGUUCUGUACCAGCUCUUCAUGAGCGACAAUUUUCAGGACACCUUCUCAGAGACUGAGGCUCUGCUGAAGAUCCUCAUCCCAACUCCAAUGACCACAGCUGAAUCUGAAAGGUGCUUCUCAACACUGAAGAGAAUCAGAAAAUUUUCAUGUCUCAAAGACAGGAGGACAAAACUAAUAUACAAAUAAUAACAGAAAUAGAAGUGAAAGAAAGCAUCUUAAUAUUGUAAAUAGAAAUGUUAGUUGACAGAAGUGGCACUGGAGGCUGAAAGCCUGAUGACUUGAAUAUGGUCUAUCGAUCUUUCCUGGCUUUUAUUUUUGUUUUUGUUUUCUCUUCUACUUUGCUCUGCCUGUUGCUUGUACACACUCUCGGGAGACAGGAUGGAUGUGGCAUUCAGUUUGAUUUAUUCUGCAAUAUGGGAUAAUGAAACAACCACAGCAGCCUAGUUCUUGGGAAAUUAGCCCAAAGUUCACCCCCAGCAUUAACAACAACAACAGGGUCACGCAUCAGUAAAUGAGACCGCAGCGUGUACAUCACAGCUCAUUAGCGGCUAGCUAGUUUAAGCCAGUGGUGCCGUUUUUAGAUUAUUAUAAAUUGUUUUAACAACACAGCAACUUAAACUGUAAAUGUUUCUUAUCACAAUCACUAUGUGUAAUGAAUUAUCAUAGUUUUAACACUUUAUGCACCCAUUAACAAAUACUGAAAAAAAUGUAACUGAGCGAACGGGAGACCAACUCAUCACCAGCAGAGAUGUUACAGACUGGUUUGCCGAACCAAGUGGUGCGCAGCACUAACAACAGCACUAACGUCUGCUGGGACUUUCAAAAUAAAAUAUUUUCAAAACAAAAAACAAUGGUUGCAUCCCAAAUUGUACAGCUAUGUAACAAACCCAUUUACACAUGCAUAUCUCUCACUUUGAGCCUACAAGUUCUUACCUUUUGGUUAAAAGGCUGCAGAUACUCUAUUCACCAAAGCAACACAUUCAGAAAAAAAGGUGCUUCCCUUCCACUAUGUCUUACAGAGGGGUUAUAAAUGGUCAGUGGGUUUCCUCUCUAAUCAUCCUAUUCUUACAGGCAUGUAAUUAAGGAUUUGUCUCCGUGGCACAGUUUUCUUUCUCUCAGCCCGAAUGACAAUAAUUCAAUGUUAAUAUUAUUCCUUCAGGACACCGAACCCUUGACUGUUAAGCCUUCUCUGAGGGGGUUUCUGCUCAGCCCCACCAUCCAAGCUGCUAAUGGAUUGAUCUGGGAGUGCUCCUGGGGAUGUUCCAGUUCAUGCCAUGGCUAAGCUUUUUAUUUGGCUGUAAUUUAAGGAAACCACAGUGUGCUAUAAGCACUACUAGCCUUGUGGUAAUAGAUGAAAAAAUCAUUGUUACCAUCUAAAGUACAUGGUCUAAGAUGAAUAAGGACAUACCUGGACACAAUUUACUGGUUAAGUUCUGGACUUGUAAAGUGCAGGGUGCAAAGAGAUUGAAAAAGUCUCUUGAUAAUUCAAACUUGUGUUUUAAGUGUAACAUGAAUCAAACCAAUCAGUAUAUCUGUCUACACUAGUGCAGAGUGGGCCUGUAAGCAGAUACAUUUACAUGCCAGAGUUCAGCCUUUCUACUCAUACACACUGCAUGAGUUAAAUCAAUGAUUAAAACAAAUCUCCUGUACAACAAAUAUGAUCAGAUACCAAAUAAACAGAGAUAUGGACGAAAUGCUGUGUGAGACACAGCAGCAAGUCUACAAAAAUAUGACUCAAUAGUAGGGGGCCCUGCUUGUGGAAUCCCUCAGGGUUUUGUCCUAGGCCCUCAGCUGUCAUCAUUAAACCUGCCUCCACUGGGGUAUCUUAUAAAAAACCCUUACAGGUGUAUCUUAUUAUUUACAUGCAGGUGACAUCCAGCUGCACACCUUUAAGCCUAAUAAUGUCUCUAAAUUGUCAAUUUUGAUUGAUUGUGCGGACUGUUAUAAGGCAUGAAUGGCAGACAAUUUUCUCCAGUUCUCUUAUCUCAGCUCCUGAGCAUGUCCUAUUCUGUGCUGUAAAAUCGGCCCUCCAAAACCUGGGUGUCCAAAUGGACUGUGCCCUGAGUCUGGAUCAGCAUGCAAGUGGUUUGAUUCCCUCCUCCUGACACUGUUUAAGAAAUCAAUAGAAUCUCAGACCCCAAGUGUACAGGAAUGAGCCUGAGAUGACUGUUCAUGCCUUUACUUAAUCUCAUCUGGACAAUUGUAAUUCUCUGCUCACAAGUCUAAAUGUCACUUCUUUGAACUGCCUGCAAGUGGUCCAAAAUACCUCAGCUCAGCUUUUGACAAAAUCAUUGAGACGGUCUCAGGUCAAACCCAUCCUUAGGUCUUUACACUGGCUCCCUGUUCUCAUUAGAAUCCAUUAAAAAUACUAGUGAUUAUGUACAGUGUUGCACGGUUAAGCUAUUGCUUGUAUCAGAAACCUGCUGAGGCCAUAACUCCAACAGGACUCUGAGGUCCACUGACCAAAGCUUGCUGGUUGUGUCUUGAACCAGACUCAGAACUAAAGGAGACUUUGAGGAUGUUACUCCUAAACUUUAGAACUGUCUGUCCCUGAGACCUUUAUGCUGCUCAGGGUAAACUGUUUGUAUUUCAUUCUGCUUGUGUUGUUUUCAUCAUCCUUGGAAGUUUCACUGUAUUCCUGAAGGCCUUUCUGACAUGUUUUCCUUUGAAAUAAAGCUAUUCCAUCAAAACCAGUAUUGAAACAGAUACCGGUUUUGGAAACAUGUUGUAAAUGGCAGUCAUUAUUCCUCUUGCUGAAAUCAUCUUGUUAUGCAUGCUUUUUGUGAAGAUACUGUUUCUGUCCUUGUGCUCCAGACCUAAAAAUAAUGUCCAUGUCAUGUGCAAGAAGGAGAAAACUGUGUUUUUUUGUUUCUGAUUGUGGCAUCUGUGAUAGUGCAGGGUGGGAAACACAUCUCUGAGUCUUUCAGCAGCUGUGGUUUGUAAGUGUUUUGGCGUGACAUGCAAAAAAAGAAAUCAUCUGUUGUUGUAAUUGAACUUCCUCCAUCAUAAGCUGAGCACAUUUCCAGCAUAAAAAGUUAAUUGUGGACAAUUUUAAAACCUUGCAGAACACAUCUCUUCUCUUGUCUCACUAGUUUGUGGAAUGACAACAACAACAACAACAUCCAUGAUAAUACUACUACUACUACUACUACUAAUAAUAAUAAUAAUAAACUUUAUACACAUAGCACUAUUCAAAACAGGGUUGCAAAGUGCUUUACAAAUUAAAACAAAAUAGAAAGAGAAGACACACACACACAAAAAAAAUGUGAAGAAUAAAAUGACUGAAAAUCUAAAAGUUCAGCAACAUAGUGGUGAUUCAACAUCCUAAGACAUAUCAAAACAGAUAAGAAAUCGACAAGGGAAUAAAAACAAAAAGACCACAAAAACCAUGGACAAGCAAAAAGAAAGGUAAAAGAACUACACAAAAUAUAUUACUUUAUAAUUCAUGACAAUUAAAAGCUAGAAGAUGCUGUCUCUGAUUCUGCUUUGGCUCAGAAUAAAAGCAGAAUGUAAAGAUUUAAAGUCACAUCUGUGAAAAUGUGUUUUUAAAAAAGCUUAAAAACUGGUUUCCAUUUUGAUCUCCUAAAGGAGGUUGUUCCAGAGGGUUGGGCUCUGAAAGAAAAGGCCCAUUCACAUCUGGACCUCAGCCUAGACUGAGGAAUGGUGAGCAGGGCACAAAUGUAGUGAGGAGAUUAAAGUGUACUCUGGUCCAAGACCAGUGUGCUAUAAAAGUUAAUGAUACAAUCUUAAAAUCAAGUCAAACACUUACGGGAGCCGAUGAAGUCAAAAGGAGUUAUAUGAUCUCUUUGUGGUUUCAGUGAGGAGGCAAGCUGCUGUAUUCAAGAUGAACUGUGAACUUGUGUAGACUCGUUGGUUUAGACAUGUGUACAGAGAGGUGACCCAAAAAGGCAAGAGAUAAAGCAUGAAUGAUGAUCUCCAGAUUUAUUUAUUUUUUUGUCAUAAAUGACUUUACUGUGAGGAGUCUCCUCAGCUUCAUAAAACAAUACUACACAACAAGGUUGACAUGCUUGUUCAGACUGAGGUUUUCAUACAAAAAGUUAUUUAUUUUUUAAAUUUUUAAAUUUUUUUUAAAAUUUACAAUCUUUACUGCAGAUCUGAAGAUAGACCAAAUAAUAUCUAUUAAACAGGCAGUAAGAACAGGAGACAUCUCUUAAAAUAAUAGCUAUCGCUGCUGUGCCACAUGCAUAGAUGUAACCAUGUGUCUGAGAAAUAGUUUCAGUGGACUAAACAUCUGUGCAUGAAUGGACAUAACUCAUAACUGUGUUUUCUGAAUCUUUAGAGGCACAGUAGAAGGAAUGGAAGUUAAAGUGUCAGCUUAAAUCCCUAAGUAGAAAUUCUGCAAACGGCUGUGUAAAUAGUAACACCCCUGCCAACAAGCACACCUUUUAAUGGGAAUAAGAGUAGACACGCUGGUUUGUUUCAUGUGAUGCCCAAGACACCCUGAAUGAAUAGCAGAGGCACCUAAUGUGGCCUCCAGAAUUUGUGCCACAUAACUGCCAACAAGUGGACAGACAAUUCACAAUUUUUGGCCAUCAGCUUUAUACCUUGUGUUUUGUUCCGACCUGAAUCCAUCUUCAGUUAUCUCCUCCCCUUGUUAUGACUGAGUAUUUCUGUGGUGAACAAAUAUUUUAGACAGCUGACUAGGGCUAAUCCUAACCUGAUAUUGGGCAAUGUAAACAACAGACAGGUCACUGGAUAAUCACAGGGCCACCUUAUAGAGAUAAACACUAAGUCACAUUAACACCCACGCAGCUCCCACUAAACAGGAGAGAUUAAACUGAAAAUCUUCAAAAACAUUCUUUACACAUAAAAUUUUAGGAGACUAUAGCCAAAGGUUCAAAUGGCCUAGAAUUGUCCUUUAAUUCCACUUAACUUAUAAUAUUUCAUGUCUCUCUUGAGAUUGAAAAGGAAGAUGUGCGUCGUCCAGCACAAAUUGAAAACCGGCUCCAACAAAGACGUCAGAUUCAGUGUAAGUUCUGUAAUAUUUAAUCAAAUUGGUAUUUUUUCAUUGCUGUAAAACAUGGAUUGUGUAGGACUGUUUGUUACUUUAUAUUUGUUAGGACACAAAAACCCCACACAAAUGCAUGGUCUUUCUUUUUCAAUCUCUUUUAGAGUGAAAAAGCAUCUACUAGAGAACAGGUAACUGUUAGUUAUUCCACACAAAUAACACAUACAAAUGUCUAACAGCCACAUCAUUGCGUUCCUUUGUCUACUUCAAGUCUAUUAGAAAGAUCGCAUGACAUCAGGUGGUUAGAACUUAGAAAAUGAAUCUAAUUCUUUUAUUUUAAGGGGACCCCAGUCAGAGACUGCGCAAAAUGUGAGGAACUCAGGCUGCGAAUAAAGGAACUGGAGGAAGACAGGAGGAAACUCACCCUUCAGUUGGAUACAGUUCAUGGUAAGUUUUCAAACAAUUUGUUUAUUGGCCAGAUUUUGUACUUUGUACAGAUUUUACUCUUCUUCACAUAGCAUAGUAGCUCUCUGUUGAAAUGGUUAAAAGUAUACUAUGGAACUCUAAAUUGAGACACAGCAAUAGACUAACUAUGUCAGAUCUAUUCAAAGGCUUGUACAAACAUCUGCAAUUUUCUUUUCUGAUUUUUCUGGGAGGGUGUGUGGGUGAUUUGACACAGAGUGACUCUACUAAUAAAUUGACUACUAUACACACACAUAUAUAUAUAUAUAUUUAAAUUAUUCUUUAAGAGUGUUAACAAGGGUGUUAAUGUCUAUUUCCUUUAGAUCUAAGGAAUAUGGUUUCUGAGUUAAAGGAAACUUUGGUGAGAGAGACAGCCAUGGUGCAAGCCACCACCCACAACGAGCAAGCCACCACCCACAACGAGCAAGUCACCACCCACAACAAGCAAGCCACCACCAACAGCUCCUCUCCACAGGCUAUAGAUGCCACAAAUGAUGACGUGAGUGACUUUUAUAUGACAAUUCUAAGUUUACCAUAGGAAAUGUUUUUGCACACCCCUUUAGAAAAGUCCCACACACUGGCCAUUUUGCAAACAAUUAUUUAUUUUUUGUUAUUAUUGUAUUAAUUUUCAAAGGCACAAAAUUUAAGAAUAAAUGUUGUAAAUAUGUUAUAGAAGAGACAUCAUAUCUUCUUAUUGCCUCUAAUAAUGACUUCCAAAAUGGUGUGUAUAUGGGAUUCUUUCUAAGCUACUAAUAAACUAAGGCUAGCUCUUUCCAGCUCCCAUAGUUUGUUAAUUAGACUAAGUCCUAUGAGUGGUCAGUGCUAGUAGUUUACCAAGUCUUUUUAGAAUUACUAUUAUUCAUUUAUGCUAAUAUUCAAUAUUAAAUAUUGUAAGAGCAAAACUUUGACUGUUGCUUAUUGAACAACGUAACAAGAGCAGGAAGCCCUCCCUCCAGAGCAUUGGCAUAAACUGCAAAUUAUUGAAUUGUUGCCUACUAAAUCUUAAAUCCUAAUAUUAAUCCAAAAUGUCAAUUAUCAAGGGUACAAGGUAGGCCUAGGCAGCCAAUAUUAAAUGAUAGUGGCAAGGAAGACUCAUUUCAGUUUUAUUGUUACAUAAAUUUCCAGGUUCUCCUUGGUGAGGGACUCAAGAUAAGCAAGGAACCCGACCAAACUUGUUUGCGACCUGAUGGGGAUUGUCUUCUCUUGGGUGGAGAUGGCAACUUCAUCCCUGACUGGCCUAAAAGCCAGCGCCAAAGAGGCUAUUAAGCCACCUUUGGACGCCACCUCAGUCAAGGCUAUUAUUGGUAAGUUUUCAUUUACAGAUGACUUGUCAUUAUCUUAUGCUCAAUGUGCGUGGAGGUUGGCCACAUGGUCAGUGUGCAACCAUUGUUUCCAAACCCAUUUAAUUCCACUGAAAUACAUUAGAAAAUCCAUAGGAUGGAGGAAGUUGGGGCAUGUCCGUGAAUGCUAAAUCACAUCUGAAGUUAAAAGGCUUUCAUAAAUCAUGUAGUUUGUGCUGUUUAACCUGUGUAUGUAUAGCUUGGACUCUGGAGAGUUUAAUACAAUGAUUUCAGUGGUUGAUUUCAAACAUUCCGCAAGUUAUUCCACAUCAAUUCAACCAUGGCACACACUUAUGUCUAAAAAUAAUGCCAGGUGUACCCAGUCAGUCUCUCUCUCUCUCUCUCUUAGUCAGUCAGUCUCUCUCUCUCUCUCUCCCUCUCUCUCUCUCUCUUAGUCAGUCAGUCUCUCUCUCUCUCUCCCUCUCUCUCUGUUAGUCAGCCAGUCAGUCUCUCUCUCAGCCAGUCAGUCAGUCAAUCUCUCUCUCAGUUAGUGAGUCUCUCUUAGUCAGUUUUCAUUAACAUGAAAAUUAAAAUGUGGCACCCCAUGUCCGAAAGGUUGCCAACCCCUGGCUUCACACUCCAUUUGUCCCAUGAUUUUUUUCAGAUUACACGUUAAAGAAAUUCCCAGACACCGACAUGAACAUACUGAGGGGAGCCAUUCGGAACAAACUAAAUAGUGAAAGCAAAACCUACAAAAAAUAGCAUGUAAUAUGAUUUAUUUUUUAUUAUGAUUUAUUUUUGCAAGCAGUCUUUGAUCUUUAAUAUCUAAAUAUCUGUCCCUAUUCCUCUCUUACACACAGAUUUGGAGCUGGACCUAGCGAUUCCUAGGCAACUGCACAAGUGAUGCCUUGCAAUAAAGAUAUAAAUUACAUACAGAUUGAAUGAUUCUCUUGCUUUAUGGCUUUUGAUAGCUAGAUGGAAGUAUGAAAUGGGAUUUUUAAUUACAUUUGAUGUUACUUUACAAAUAGCCUAUUCAUUGUUUAAUGUAAAUAUUAUUCCACAUAGUUUUGUGAAACCAGAUUAAUGGAGGGAUUUAAAAUAAGAAAACCAUGGUUUGGAAAGACCUUGGUAAAUAAAAAAAAAAAAAAAAAAAAAAAACAUGGAUUAAAAACCAUGGUGAAAUAAACCAUGGUAAAAUAAACCAUGGUGAAAUAAACCAUGGCAAAAUAAAAACCAUGGUGAAAUGAGCCAUGGUAAAAUAAAAACCAUGGUAAACCUAUAGUUGUAAACCAUGGUGUUCAUGGUUACCCAAAAAAACAUGCAAACCAUUAAUCAUAGUAAACCAUAGUGAAUUUCCGUAAGGGGUCAGUGACAUAACCCGAGCUUUGAAUUCUCAGUCAAAGAAAAUUAUAUUUCUUCACACUCUCAGCUCAUCAACACAAAUCAAAGAGUGAAGAUGCUGAUUGUGCUUCAGUGAUGGUGUAAUUGUUGGUGAUGAGAAGUUAGCUCUUAACAGGUGGAGGAAGGUGUUUGCACGCUGAAGAUAACUAAACACCAGGCCACAUUAUCUGAUACUCAGUUUGUAAAAAACCUCAGAACUGGUUUGGGUCAUGUCACUGGCUUGUUUUCUCCACAUGUCAAAGCCGUCUUUGUGUCCUUUUACUGGUUAAUAGUGGGCAGACUAGCCCAAAAGAAGGAAUUACAAUCACCAACUGGACAAGAGUGGCACAAAAAAAUUGAUUUACACCAGACCAUGAGAUUUGGGAAUGCUGUUAAAACAACAUGUACAAUUUGGUUCAACUUACUUUCACAAUAAAAAAAAUUGAUCAAAGUGACUUUAACUUUAUGAUCUAUUAGCCCGCUCACUUUAUAGAAGAUUACAGUGAGUCCAAGAAGUAUUUGAUCCCUUGCUGAUUUUCUUCGUUUGCCCACUAAUAAAGAUGUGAUCAUUCUGCACAUUUAAUGGUAGAUGCAUUCUAACAUGGAGAGACAGAAUAUCAAAAAGAAAAUCCUGAAAAAAAAUCUAAGGAAUAUAUAUUAAUUGAUUUGUAUUUCAUUGAGGGAAAUAAGUAUUUGAUCCCUCAGUGUGCAUUAGGAGUUCUGCCUUUCACAGACCAGUUAGACACUCCCAAUCAGCUUGUUACCUGAACUGAAGCCACCUGUUCUCACUAAUCACUUGUGUGAAAAACACCUGUUCACAGAAUCAGACAAUCUGACAGAUUUCAAGUCUCCAACAUGGGUAAGACCAAAGAGCUGUCUCAGGACCUCAGAGUCAGGAUUGUUGACCUCCACAAAGCUGGAAUGGGCUACAAAAAGAUUAGCAAGGUGUGAGGAUGUGAAAGUAACAACUAUUGGUGCAAUUGUUAGAAAAUUUAAAGAGUAUAACAUGACCAUCAACAGACCUCGCCCCGGUGCUCCAAAGAAGAUUUCACCUCGUGGGGUGACAAUGCUCCUGAGAACGGUCAGAAAUCAUCCUGCAACCACUCGUCAGGAGUUGGUAAAUGACCUGAAGGCAGCUGGGACCACAGUUUGCAAGGAAACAAUUGGCAACACUUUGCGCAACAAUGGAUUAACAUCCUGCAGUGCCCGAAAGGUACCCCUGCUCAAGAAGGCACAUGUGGAGGCGCACCUGAAGUAUGCCAAUGAUCACCUGAAAGAUGAACCAAGUUAUUGGGAGAAGGUUCUGUGGUCAGACGAGACCAAAAUUGAACUUUUUGGCCUCAACUCUACCCGCCAUGUGUGGAGGAAGAAAAAUGCUGCCUAUGACCCCAAGAACACUGUGCCCACCGUCAAGCAUGGAGGUGGAAGCAUAAUGUUUUGGGGGUGUUUCUCUGCCAAGGGUACAGGGCUACUUCACCGCAUCACUGGGAAGAUGGAUGGAGCCAUGUACCAUACAAUCCUGAGGGACAACCUCCUCCCCUCUGCCAGGAAGCUGAAAAUGGGCCGUGGUUGGGUCUUCCAACAUGAUAACGACCCGAAACACACAGCAAAGGCAACAAAGGAUUGGCUCAAGAAAAAUCACAUGAAGGUCAUGGAGUGGCCCAGCCAGUCUCCGGACCUCAAUCCGAUUGAGAAUCUAUGGAGGGAGCUGAAGGUCAGAGUUGCCAAGCGACAGCCCACCAACCUUCCUGAUUUAGAGAGGAUCUGCAAAGAAGAGUGGGCCAAAAUUCCCCCUGGUGUGUGUGCUAAACUUGUGGUUAACUACAACAAACGUCUCACUGCUGUGAUUGCUAACACAGGCUUUGCCACUAAGUAUUGAGUGUGUUUGGCUAGAGGGAUCAAAUACUUAUUUCCCUCAAUGAAAUACAAAUUAAUUAAAAUAUAUUCUUUAAAGUUAUAUUCUGGAUUUUUGUCUUGAUAUUCUGUCUCUCCAUGUUAGAAUACAUCUACCAUUAAACGUGCAGAAUGAUCACAUCUUUAUUAGAAGAAGAAAAUCAGCAAGGGAUCAAAUACUUCUUGGACUCACUGUAUGUCUAAUACAAUGAACAGAGUAGACAUCAUAAAGAGAGGCUCAAGAAAAAUGUGAGUCUCACUUUAAUGCAGCAGACUGGAGUUUACCCUCUGUAACAAACAGUACAUUUAAUUUGAAAUUGAAACAUACCUGCAGUUUUUCUCAUUCUGUCUGCAAUGUGCUGCUCUGCUCAGAUACUUUGGAGCAGAAGAAUUUAUACUUUGGCAACAUAAUAUUAUACAUAAGCAGUCUCUUGGCAUACAUUUAAUUUUCUACCUGCAUAAAAACCUGGAUUUUCUUUGAUUCAUAUCAGAAUCAGUGACACAUUUCUGAAAUACCAGAACAUUAAUUUUACUUAUAUGACAUUGAAAGGAUUGGAGAAUACUGAGUCUAAAGCUGCAGAGGUCUGUUUAACUGUCUCCACACACCAAGCAUGAGUAAAAUCAUUUGCACGAAUGAAUGAUAUGUUAAGUCAAUGUAAAGACACGAUUAGAUGCUCCUAAAACUCUGGCGGCACGAAUUGGGUGGGAGCUGAAAAUCGUUCACUGGUAUCUAAAAUGGAGGACAAACUGGUCGUGUCGAUGUGUGGGUGCCCUGAAUUAUACGAUACCAAAUAAAAAAGGAAACCGGAAUAAAAAGAGCUCACCUGGAGGCAAGUGAGUGAGAAGGUUGGAUUACCUGGUAAAUUGUAAAAAGAAUCUUUGCCUAUCCCGCUGGUUGAAUUGGCAGGAAAUACCAUUGAAAUUACCGUUGAUGUGCGAAUGAGGCAAGUAAAACUGUUUAUUCAAGUGUCUAGAUUCGCUCCAAUUAAGUGAGUACAUGAUUUUACUUGUGCUUGGUGUGAGCGCCCUUUAAGAGGUAGUGAGAAAGGGACAUGUGAAAGUCAUUUAAAAUUGAAUGUGUAUCUCGAACUCUGUCUGUCACAUGGACUUGCCAUGAACUAAGAUAAGACUGUUUGUUAUUAAGAGGAAUCAGCAAGCUGUUAUGUCAAACCAUCAAACUUCAUGCCUGUUGUCUUCAGCUAUUGUUUAAAAGUUACAAUGUUUCCUAAGUUUCUGAGAAAAUGCGGACUUUCAUUGGUAUUUCUGAACAUUUUGUAAAAAAGAACAUUAGGUCAAAUCAAUGAAAUGUUGCAGAUGAUUUAUUGAGUUUGAGACUCAAUUUGUGGAGAACAGUAACCCAAUGACACUGCCUGGGGGGGGCGUAUCAGACUCCCUUUCAGUCUGAGUGAGGGGAAACUUUAUAAACUUUGUGAAUCAAUGUCUUCUGUUAUUCCUUCAGAAAAGAGGAGCAUAUUAAGUAGGUCUUUCCUUGUGCAGCAAAAACUAAAGGAUUUCUUCUUGUUUGUUUCACUGGCUUUACAGUUACAGUUUGUGACUUGGUUGCUGAAUCCCAAACAUUGAUGAAUCCCAGACAUACAGGAGUCAGCAGGACUUUUUCUCUGGGUUCAGCAUAAGAUGAUGCUUCCUCCCUUGUUAUUAAUUAAUCCAUGAUUUUCUGUGAAGUAAAUGUUCAAGGACCUGCCGGCAGCACCGCUUUAUCAUCAGUUUGAAGACCAGAUUGAUGAUUUUUAGAGGUGGGUGCAAUUCAUUGUGUCGAUGUGUCGAUUCAUUGCGAUGCUUUAUGUGACAAUUUGGCAUCAAUUAUCAUCGAUGCUUAAAAUAAAUAAAUAAUAACAUUGAUGCUUUGCCGCAAGGCCAGAACAACAAAAAAACACAUAACCGGAACCGCGUGCUUCCCGGACUGUUUAGUGAGUGGGACCACAACAAACAGAGCACAUUAGUUUCUUUGCAAAAUAGCAAUAGCUUCAGCAGCCUCCAAAGACCGUCUGAUUCACUCGCCACCAGGGUUGACUGCAACCAUGUGGAAGUACUUUGGAUUUCAUGAGAGAGCAAACAUGACGAAUGACAAGACCUAUGCAAUUUGCAAGAUUUGCAAAUCAAAAAUAAAGUACCCCAGCAACACCACGUACUUGAGGCAGCACCUUGUACGCUUUCAUCCUGAAACACAGAAGGCUCCUCUGGUCGUGCCUACCACACAGAGGACCAUCCUGGAGACUGUCACCAAACUUCCAAGUCUAAGUAGGUCAAAGUGCAAAAGUUUACAUAACAGUCAUAGUCAUAAAAUAAAAUAUUUUAUGUCUUUGAAAAAUACAAGUCAAAUGUUCAAAAAAAACCUUUUGUUUACUUAUUGAGUGUAGUUUUAGAGGAACUGAGUUAACUGAUAGGCUAUUUAUUGACAAAUGUAGCCACAGAUGAAGACAAAAUCAAUCUUUUAUGGAGAAAAGCAUUAAAAAUGGCAAUAAUCGAAGAAUCAUAGCACCAAUACUCGAAUCCAAUAGACAGUCAUUAUAAUCAAUGAAUAGAAGCUCCCAUAAUCGAAAUCGACCCCUGUUGGAACACCCCUAAUGAUUUUUCACAAUUUUUUAACAUAUAUCUGAUAAAGCUCCUGUUGCAUCAGUUCUGUAUUAGUUGUACCUUAAGUUAGAGUUAAAGGAGUCACUACAAAACCAUACAUUGAAACUAGUUAUGUGUAGACAAUGUUACUUUAUAUGUAAGUGGGACCUCAACCUUCAUUCCAGCACUUCAGAGUUGUUUGAGGGAAAUUGGGGAAAUAUCAGGUCACUAAGUUAAUGAAACAAAGUUGGAAGCUGUGAUGCUGGUUGCUGAAUGGCCUCCUCAGAUUAAUAAAGCCAUCUCGUUUAAUCAGUCAACUAAUGGAUUCAGGUAUCUGGAUCUUAUAAUCACUCCAGAAACCUCAAUGUUAUAUGGAGUGAAUUAUGGCAAAUUAAAGGCUGAAUGAGGUCAGAUCUGGCUUGAUGGGAGAUUCCCCCAGUAUCAUUAUUUGGCAGAAAUUAGACAAUUAGGAUGAAUUUACACCCACGUGUGUUAUAUCUUCUCCAGCCUUAAGCGAUAGAAAUAUUUGCAUCUGAUGUUAAAAUACUUAAAAGGAUGAUUUCUAUAUUUAUACAGCAGGGGAAAAGACCAAGGAUUCGAUAGAAGAUGCUGAUGUGUCCAAAAGAAUUCAGGGGUCUUAGUCUUGGUGGAGUAGUUGAAUUGGUUAAUAGAGAAGCAGCUAAACUCACCUUUACCUCCUGAGGGUCUGCCAUUCAUAGACCAAAGCUGAAAAAUCUGAAGAUAGAAAAUGAAAGAACGAAAUUCACUCAAAAGGAUCCUUACAAGAAAAUGUGAAUGUACUCUUGCCUAUGUCGAGGAUAAUGAAAGUAGCAAACAAAUGCAGACUUUUUACCCAGUAAGUUAGAUGGUUUAAGGCUUGAGAGCAGAGAAGUCUAAUAAGUAUGCAUCAGAUGAUCGAAGGGAAAAUUCUAAGAUCAUUAAAACAAUAACAGGAUACAUUUGGCCCAUGUCCCAGAGACUUUGACCGAUACUUACAACUACAGAACAAUUUAGUGUCACAUAAAGACUGUAAUCCCUUUUAAAAAGCAGCCACACCCAUUGAAGACUUUCUAAUAAAGAACUCAGGGGACAAGUUACGAAAAUGUUCCAAAACUAUAGAAACAGCUCUAAGCACAUCUUUAGGAAAUUCUCUGGAUAUGACAGAAAGAUGAGCGUUUGAGAAAAAAACAUGUGAACAAAGAAAACUAACAGUCCAAUGAGAAGAGACUGAAACUGAGAAUUAAGAAAAAGGUUUUUCAAAACGCCUAUUGCAUCCACCUCUGACCAAAUUCAGACACAUUAACAAUGUAGGAAUUAUAAUCAGAUUGGAGACCAUAGACAUAUUUUUGGGAUUGUCUAAAAUGGAAAAUAUUUGAGAGGGAGCACAUUCAGAAAUUAAACUAAUUCUAGGUGUGGGAUUUCAAGUGGAACCACUGUAAUACAGUACUGGUGUAAUCCUGGACAGGGUAAUGGAAAAAAGAAAGAUUUAUUGGUAGUAGUUGCAGAAAAUGGUAACAUGAUUUUGGCUAAAGCCAAUACUGCCCACCAUUCAGCAGUGCCCAGAGAUUUACAAAGGUUAAUAAAAUGGAAAAGAUAAUGAACUUCAGUAAAGAUGAACUAUUUUUUUUUUUAAUGAGCAAUAAUCAGAAUUUAAUUAACCCCCCCCCCCAACAAAAUAAAUAAAUAAAUAAAAGGAAGAAAGAAAGAGAAAAAAAAGGAACAGAAAAAGAAACUUGUUAGUUUGUAAAGUUGCACCAUGGAGACUCAAGGGUUAUCUUAACUUGUCAUUGAUUUGAAGUCUGCACUUCAAGUAGCCAAUCAGAGCAUAGGUUUUGUCCUCAUAGAGCAGUACUAAGUACUAAUUCUCACGCCAGACUGCCUGGAAAUAACCAGUUUGCUUCUGUGACUCACAGCAGUGUAAAGGUACGUGAAAUAUAACCACUCAUGUUGAUUGAUUGAAAAUUAAUCCAUAGUGUAAACUAACAACAGAGGCUGUGAGUGGUGCAAUUGCCUGCUGGGCCUUUCAUGAUUUUAUAUUAUUUAGCAGAUUGCAAAUUUUAAUUAAUGUGAUUUAUCUGGGAAAACACAUAUUAGACUCAAACAUAGAAAAAUACUCUGCUGCGUUUCAUCCCAUCUUAAAAAAUGAUGCCCGUAGGCUGAAGUCUGAUCACCUACACUACAACUAUCAGAAGAAAAUUUUAAAACAACUAAAUGCUUGUCUGCUGUGUCUGCUAUAUUGUUAGCUAACUGAACAUCUUCACCUGCCUUCUUAUAAGGAAACAGCCACUGGGAACUUAUAUUCUAAUGAUCUCCUGUAUUUCAUGAGAUCCUCUAAUACUGAUUAAAGUGGUCCAUCUGGAGUGACAAUGACCCCCUAAACAAAACAAAAGAGGACUUGGAUUGGCUUGCUGAAAAUAUUGAGCAUACACAUUGAAUUUGCUGUUGGCAGGUAUGUCAUGUUGAGGACAGAUUUAAGAGAGCUUUCCACCCUGAUCAUUAAAACACUGACAUCAUUUGAAAGAAUGCUCUGAUUUCCCCGAUGUUAUGACCCAAGGAUUUGCUGGGUCAAUGCCAAGGCACAGUUGAGAUUUUCUGGCAGGAGCUCCUGGACUAAUAAAUCAAUUAUACCUGUAUCAAUGUGCCAAGUGUUGCUAUUUGGCAAAUCUGUCCUUGAUUAGCAGCUCAUAUAUCAGUGUAUUUGCGAUUUCAAAUUGAAGCAAGUUGACAUUAUUCCUUUAUUCUCAGAAAUGUUACACAAAAGGUUUAGAUGAUGCCCACAUAAAACAGAAAGGAUGGAUUUGUACUGGUAAUAUGAGCCAGCUUUCAAUUGCUUGUGUCUAUGCAAAUAAAAUAUUUCAUAUAUAUGCUACUUGCAUUUCCCAGUUUAAGUUGGUUUCCUCUGGAUGAGACAGGUAUAUCAUUCACAUGUACAUAUGUGUACAUCUCCAAAGGCUUUGAUCAGCUCUGGAAACAGCCUGCUGACAGGCCGGCAAAGGCUUAUGCACUCUGCUGCUGUCAUCAUUGUCAAGACAGAGGAAGACUACAGCAGGAGACACUUACAGACAUUCCCCAUAGACACCCUAGUGUGCUACUGA